AAAAUUGUAGGCACUGGAUUAGACCAUUAGUAUCUAGUAAGCCUGAAGAGGUCGGUCCUUGUCUGCUCUCUCUAGCUUUUCUCCAGGGCCUGUCUUUCUGUUUUUUUUUUUUUUUUUUUUUCCCUUUCAAGCUCUCAGGUUUGCUUGGAGACAAAUUGGCGAGGCAAGUCAUGGCAGAAAGGAUAAAGAGGGAGGCGGAAGAGGGAAAUUUGAACAAAACGGCUUCGCUAGGUGACGAGAAUCCCAAAUCUGCUGGAGAUGAGGACGUAACCCUGGCUCAGUUGUCUCUCCAUCCCUCUAGUCCCAGGCCUAGGCCUCUUGCCUGCUUCUCUUGGGGGUUGGAGAAAACUGAAAAGCGUGUCAAGAUGAAAAGAAGAUAUUCGGAUUCCAAAAUUAAGACUAAGCACGCAAUGACAGGUCAUGCAGGGAAGUGUAUAUGCUGUAGGCUAAAUAAGCCUGCAAUUGAUAGGUUGAGCACUCCUGGGAAAGUUAAGUCGUCUGCCAUGAUUCGAGCAGAGGAGGUUCAAUCAAAUCUGGAAUCAACAUUCCCUAGCUUUAUAAAAUGUUUAGUUAGAUCGCACGUUGGUAGUUGUUUUUGGAUGGGGCUUCCUGGACCAUUCUGUAGAGCACACUUGCCACAUGAAGACACAACUAUCACUUUGGAAGAUGAAUGUGGGAAAGGAUUCAGGAUGAAAUACAUUGCGUAUAAGACAGGAUUGAGUGCUGGUUGGAGGCAGUUUUCUGUUGCACACCAAUUGCUUGAAGGAGACGUGCUGGUCUUUCAAUUAAUUGAACCUUGCAUGUUUAAGGUUUACAUCAUAAGGGCAAAUGAUUUGACUGAAGUGGAUGGGGCUUUAGGUCUACUAACUUUGGAUCCUCAAAUAAAACAAAAUGAUGCAGAUAAUGCAGAAAUGGACAGAGUACCUUGUAAAAGUACAAAGAGGAAACGUCCUAGAUCACUUCCGUUAGCUGUUGUCCAAAAGAAACAUAAGAAGUCAGGCAGGUCAAGAUUAUCAGUUCCAAAAACUGGGCAACUACCUGAGCAAUCUGAAAAUGACAGUGAAGAAGUUGGUUCAGAAGUUUUGGAAGGUUUCAAGUUAUCCUUGCCUGCUGUUCAAUUCAAAGAUGUCAAAGACUUUGAGAAUUUCAACAUUCUGGUUGAUGGGCUAGUUAUAGAUUCUGAACUAUCAGAAGACGUUCGAAGGAAGUUCUACAUGCUCUGCCGCAGCCAGAAUACAUUUCUUCAUGAAAAUCUCAUCAAGGGCAUAAAUUUUAUGUUGGUUGCAGGAAUCAUCUCUGAAACAGUUAAUAUUGCUGAUGCCAUAAGAGCUUGUAAUCUUACCACCUCACGGGAAGAAUUUGAUACUUGGGACAAGACUCUGGAAGCCUCUGAGCAUUUUGGCAUGAAUGUUGGAUGUUUACGUGCCAGGCUGAGCCGGCUUGUAAGCCUUGCCUUUGAUUCAGAAGGUGCCACAAAGACUAGAAGGUAUAUAGAAGCUAAAACAGAACAAGCGCACACAGAAGAUGAGAUACAAAAUCUCGAAGCAAAGCUUGUGGAAUUAAAAGGAGCCUAUGACAAGUUUGGUGCUGAAAUUGAGAAUCUCAAGUCAAAAGCUGAAAGCUAUGAGCUCAAGUUCCAGGAAGAGGUUCUCGCUCCAUGGUGAUGUAUGCUUUACAAUAUACUAGUAAUUUAUUUUUUUUUUCUUUUGUUUGCCCUGUUCUUUUGAAAUUAUACAUCUAACCCAAUACUUAAAAACAAGAAGGCAAAUUUGGAUUUGUGGAUGAAUUGGCAAGAUUGAUUGAGAAAAUGACUGGUAUCACUGUAAACACUGUUGUAACCUUCUGCAACGUUCUAGGAUUCAAUAUGUAGUGCUGUAAAAUUCUAGGACUUGUAAGUGUGAAAACAAUGCUGUAAAAUUGUUGGACAUUAUACUCAGAAUCAGUGCAUGCUGUAGCUUUGGGAGGAA